UUCAAACCUAAUCAAUAACAUAAACUCAAAAAAAACUUUUUCAAAAAAAACAAAAAAAAAACAAAAACUAAAAAAAAGGAUGAAUCCUAUGUUUUACUUCCUUCUUGCCUUAACAGCUAUUUUGGCCGUGACAGCAAGCCCCGGCGAACCAGUUCUCGACACUCAUGGUAAUAUCAUAUUUGGCGGCAGUUACUACGUUCUCCCCCGCAUCACCGGCGCUGCAGGUGGCGGCCUCACUCUCGCCUCCCGUGGUGAAAAUUGGUGUCCCCUCUAUAUCGGACAGGAAACUUCAGAGGUUAACAUGGGCAUUCCCGUGAUAUUAUCAGACUGGUUGUCUAGAGUUGCGUUUGUUCCCGAAUCAGCAAACCUCAACAUCAAGAUGGACGUAGGAGCCACGUUAUGUCCUCAGUCAACCUAUUGGCAUGUCCCUCCGGUCGCGCCAGGCACGGUCGUUGAGGCGUUGUUUAUAGUGGCUGGUUCUAAACCGUUGAAUGGUUUCUUCCAGAUCAAGAAAAUUGAAGAUGCUCUUGGCGGUUACACGAUUGUGUUUUGUGUUAAAAAUAACGAGUGCAGGGAUAUUGGGAUAUUUGUGGACCGAUAUGGAGUUAGGCGUUUGGCUUUAAGCUCUACCCCGUUCCAGGUUAGGUUCAUGAAAGUUCCUGAGACUGAGACUUCGUCUAAGCCUAUUAUGUCUAUCAUCUAAGAGAAACUGAAGACUACAAAGCUAAAAGGAUAAGAGUUGUUAUAACGUACUACUA